GGGUGAUACUGGGCCGUACUACUGGGCCGUACUGGGCCGUACUGGCGCCUCGGGCCGUGGAUCCGUGCCCUCAUGGAGCGCUUCGUGGCGGGGAACCGGGCGGCCCUGCAGGGCUGCCAGGACCUCGCUAGGAGGGCGCAACCCGUGGGUGACACCCGUGACGAGUGGCUCCAGGGACGCUGCUGAGGACAAGGGAGCGCUUUGGAGGUUUUUGGUGCUGCUGCUGUGCCUGACACCUCCCAUCCCCGCAGGAUCACAUCCAGCAGCACCAGGAGAUCCACGUGGUGAUGGGCAACGAGGCCUGUGACCUGGACUCCACCGUCUCCGCGCUGGCCCUGGCAUAUUUCCUCGCCCAGACCACCCCGGCUCCCAAAGCCGCCUUCGUGCCGGUGCUGAACAUCCCCCGCGCCGACUUCGCGCUGCGGACCGAGACGACGUUCCUGCUGCGGGAUCGGGGGAUCCCGGCCGCCUCGCUGGUUUUUCGGGAUGAGAUCGACCUGGGCGGGCUGCACCAGGCCGGGCUGCUCUCCCUGACGCUGGUCGAUCACCACGUCCUGCCCGGUGCUGAUGCUGCCCUGGAAGAGGCUGUGGUGGAGGUCCUGGACCACCGGCCGCUGGAGCGGGACCGUGGUCCCCCGUGCCAGGUGACCGUGGAGCCCGUGGGCUCCUGCGCCACGCUGGUGACCGAGCGGAUCCUGCAGGGCCCCCCGGGCGUGCUGGACAGAACCACGGCCGCGCUGCUGCACGGCACCAUCCUGCUGGACUGCAUCAACCUGAGCCCGGCCGCGGGCAAGGUGACACCCCGGGACGUGGCCUGCGUGUCCCUGCUCGAGGAGAGGUUCCCGGAGCUGCCGGCUCGCGACGCCGUGUUCGGAGCCCUGCAGGCGGCCAAGUUUGAUGUCACAGGGCUGACGACAGAGCAGAUGCUGCGGAAGGACCUCAAAGUCCUCUCCAACGACGAGGUUGUCAUCGCCAUCAGCGGCGUCUUCGAGGACCUGGAAACGUUCCUGCUCCGGCCUGGCUUGCUGCAGGAGCUGGAGGCUUUCUGCCAGGCCCGUGGCUACGCGGGGUUGGUGGCCAUGACCGUGUCCUUUAACGAGCGCCACGAGCCCACGCGGAAACUCGCCGUCUACAGCGCGCAGGAUGCCCUGCGCAGCACGCUGUGCCGGGCGCUGGAGGAGGCGACGUCGCCGUCGCUGCUGCUGCGGCCGCUGCAGAGCCCCUGGCCCCGCGUGGCCGCCUACGCCCAGGGCAACGCCGUGGCCGCUCGUAAGAAGGUGCUGCCCAUCCUGCGGGCAGCGCUGGGGGGCCUGGGGGCUGCCGGGGGUCCCGAGGAGGAGGUGGUGCCCCCGCCCACCCCCAUGAACAGCCUGGUGGAGGAGUGUCCCCUGGCGCAGGCCGUGCCCCCGCUGUGUCCCCAGGAUGUCCUGGAGCGGGUCAGCCGCAUCGCCGUGGGGCAGCCCCCCGGCUCCCCGAAAUAGCAGCAGGCACCCCGGUGGUUUUUUGAGGUGUGGAUGAGAAGUUGGGGUCCCUGAGUGUGGCCCCGUGGGGUGCCUGGGUGUGGGGGGGUUGCAGCUGCCUGUGUAAGAGCUCAGCUCCUGGUCCUCGUCGUGGUUUGUCCCCCCCAGUGGCUCCCUCCGCCCCAGUGGUCCCCAGGGUGGGUUUUUGGGGAUGCCCUGGGCAGGAGUUGCAUCCCCUUAAUGAAGGCGUUGGGGUGGGGGAGUUAAGGAGUUCUUGAUGCUCUUCCUUCCUUGGGGGGCAGAGGGGGCCCCAGAGGGUGGGUCCGGACAUGCAGCCGUCCAGAAGUGUCACCGUUUUCCAAGGAUUAAAUCUCCCUUUUCUUCCA